AGUCAAGAAACAUGGCCAAGAAAAAGGGUAAGAAGGGCAGGAAGCCAAAGGUUAACUGCAACUUCAAGAUCACCGAUGAAAUGCUUAAGCCUAUGAACGAGAAUCCCGUCGACGAUGGUUGCGAGGGUUGCUGCCAGUGCACCUGCGAUUGUGACUGCAGUCCAGAGCUGGCACCCUGCUUCAUCCAACCCACUCGGCCUGAUCCAGGACCGGAGGCCUACGACGAGUUCGAGGCCUGUCUGAAUGGCAGCGGCCUGACUAUACGCGUCCUUAAGAACACCCACAAGGUGGAGAGCGUUGAUGAUGGGGCCGCGGAUGCUGGUCUGGGCAACGAUGAUGAUGAUAAUGGCGGUGCCAAUGAACCGAAACAUGAGUCCGGUCUGCACGAUAUGCUGCAGCGCAGUUCCAUUGCCAGGAAUCACAUAAAGCGGCGCACGGGUGGCAGUAUCAUCAAUCAUCCAAACAUCCCGAAGGUUCGGGCCAACAUCAAGUACUCUGGCAACGAUGCCGGCGAGACGGACAACUACUAUGUGCCCUUCUCCAAGAUCAAGGAGGCCUUUGACCAGCAGGAGGCCAAGGUGGAUCGCUAUCGUCACCGGCUCUCCGGCGGAUCUGAUCGCAACGUUCCGGCCCAAAUCCCUACCAAGAAUCAACGCACCGUUUGCAUGCAGGCCGAGGGAAGGGAAAUCAUGGAUACCAUGAAGGGCGUCAAUUUGGAUACCAGGCGCAAGGGCAUUGAGGUCUGCUACAAAACCUGCGAUGAGACCGACAGCGAUGUCUUCCUGGUUAAACUGGGCAGCAAGGCCAAGUCGCAGCACAAGAAGAACACCAUUGAGAUUGAGUUGAGGACCCCCAAACAGGCGUUGAAUCUGCCGGUGAGCAAGGUCACCACGGAGACCUAUGUGUCCGAGGACAUGCUCAAUGCGGGCAAGAAAGGUAAAAAGGGCAAGAAAGGCAAGAAGGGCAAGGGCAAAAAGAAGAAGUAGACCCAACACAAAAUUCUGAUCCUGAUCCAUUAACCGGACUUGUACACGCUCUCCGAACCUCGACAGAUCCCCUCUAAGACUCCUCAAAUUUAUAGAUGUCGUCAAAAUUCGGAUAUGGCAAUAACCUUUCCCUUCUUUAACCACCCAUAUUGCAUAUUAAGACAACAGUUAAGUAAAUGUUACAUUUGGCAUCAAUUAAACAAAAUUUCAAUAUU